CUCAUCGUAAAGUCCCAGACCAUGAACUACGUGGGUCAGUUGGCAGAGACGGUUUUUGUGACAGUUAAAGAACUUUAUCGCGGUUUAAACCCUGCCACGCUAACGGGAGGCAUUGAUGUCAUUGUCGUGCGGCAGCCGGAUGGGAGCCUCCAGUGUUCACCGUUCCAUGUCCGCUUUGGGAAACUGGGAGUGCUCCGCUCUAAGGAGAAAGUGGUGGACAUUGAGAUCAAUGGAGAGCCUGUUCACCUGCACAUGAAGCUAGGAGACAAUGGAGAGGCCUUCUUUGUGGAAGAAAAUGAAAAUUUUGGGGUGGAGGUGCCUGCUCACCUCUGUACGUCUCCCAUUCCCAUUGAGGUUCCAGAGAACGAGGAGGCGGUGGAGACCCACUCCAGCACGUCCUCGUCCUCCUCCAGACGGAAAAAACGUCGGAAGAAGCGAUUGCGUUCCGACACGCACCUCCGCAGCGAGGGCAGCAGCUCCUCCUCAGAGGAGAGGGAGCAGCCAGAGCAGGAGGCACAUAACGAUGAAUUCGUGUCUCCCAUGGUAGCAUGUAAGUCUGUGUAUUACUCUCUGUCCGAGGAGCCUUUUGAAGAGCUGCCAGCCAAUCAGGCUCGAGAUGUCCAUCCGCACUCUGACGGAGAGUGCUCUCCUAAUGAAAAUGUUUUUUACAGCCGGUCCUCCUCGCCCAAGAGUGACUCAGAGUUACUGAUGAAGAGCCAGGAGUCCACUGGUCCUCAGGUCCACUGGGACUGGGGCGGUUUUCCUGAGGUUUGUCAAGCUACAGUGAUGGAGGCCCCACCCUCUCCCCUGACCCCCUCAAAAAACUCUCAUUUUCGCACAAUCCAUCGCCAGGACUCCUUUGAUAUGGACUCUUCUGAUCCCAUGGUAACCAUUACCGUGGUGAGGCCAGAACCAAGGACAGUGGUGACAGAGCCAUACCCUGCAGAUACACUACCAGAGCUGUCCUCUCCCAUUGCAGGGGCUUUUCCACACACAUUGCCCCAGGUGGAGACACUAGGUCCUGGAAAGGACACGUACCUGCAGUCUUGGUCUGGUCUGGAUGGAGAGGAGGCCCAGAGCAGCCAACGUGAAUGUACAACUAAUACACUCAGCAUGGGUAGCUUAGCCAACACAGCUAAUGAUACCAAAACAGACACUGGAGCACAUACAGAUAACACUACUUCCCCUGCUAAUACAGCUAGCUCUGUUACCACAAACAACAACGCUCACCCAGCUACCACAAUAUCUCUGGAUCACUUGGGUAACACAGACACAGUCAGCGCGUCCGGCACAGUGAGCGUGGCCAGAGCUGCUCGAUCGGUUUCAACUAUUAGCAUAGCCAACGCAAAAAGCACAGAGAGCACAGUCGAAACCAUUAGAAUAGAUCGGAUGGUCGAGAAAAAAGUCCUGGUUGAAUCUAGAUGUGAAGACACAGGAAGGAAAACAGUCCUGAAUGAAGGAGAUAGUGGAAUUGACCCCUCCAGCGAAGGAGCAGAUGAGGAGGAGAGGGAGCUCAACAUUGACAACUCUCAGGCCAAUCAGGAUGCACAGACUGCUGGAUUGACAGAAGCUGCAGAGGUUUCUGUCCAAUCAGAGGGCCAGGCUGACCUCACGGAGUCCACCUCUAAAGCAGCUGAUGCACAGGAAAAGAAAAAAGCUAAGCGCAGUCAGCAUCUGGGGCCGUCUGAUAUCUACCUCGACGACCUGUCUGACCUUGACCCUGGGGUGGCAGCCCUCUAUUUCCCUAAGAGGUCAGAGAGGACAGGACGUGCUCUCAGGGAUCACAGCCCUGAGCGGGUCAGCCCCUCCCCCCCAUCUGGAAACCAGUCUCCCCAGUCGGUGGUCAGUGGGAACAUGGACAGUGGGACAGACUACCUGUCGGACUCCACCUCAGACACCAUGGAUGUGUCCAUGUCUCUGUGUGGGGGGGCCGGAGGGACCAGCCAGAUCAGCAAAGAGAAGUUUAUGGAACACAGAGUGAAGUAUCAGGAUUUUGUGAAUAAUCCAGGAAUCAUUGAAGAUCCAAACCUGGUCAUCUGCAUCAACUCAAAGUAUUAUAACUGGGCAGUAGCGGCUCCAAUGAUUCUCUCAAUGCAAGCCUUCCAGAAAAAUCUGCCAAAGAGCACCAUUGAGCAGCUAGUGAAAGACAAGAUGCCAAAGAAGUCUGGACGCUGGUGGUUUUCCUGGCGAAAAAAAGACAUGGACAACAAUCAGGCCAACUCAAAGCCCGACUCAGAGGAGGCCCAAAUGGAGUCCCCUGUCUCUCCCUCUGGACCCUCAUUAAAAGAGCACUCAGUGGAGCUGUUCAGUGAUGAGGAUACAUCUGUGUCUCUAAGGCAGAGCAGUGGGACAGAGACCAUGUCUCAGUGUCUCAGUCAGAUGUACCGCAAGUCCCUUCGCCUUACCUCUGAGCAGAUAGAACGUCUGAACUUGCGAGAGGGGGCCAAUAAGGUUGUGUUUAGUGUGACGACGCAGUAUCAGGGAACAUGUCGCUGUGAAGCGGCCAUCUACCUGUGGAACUGGGACGACAAAGUCAUUAUCUCUGACAUUGACGGAACCAUUACCAAGUCGGAUGCACUGGGGCAUAUUUUACCUCAGCUGGGAAAAGACUGGACACACCAAGGCAUUGCUAAACUCUACCACAAAAUACACCAGAACGGUUAUAAGUUUCUGUACUGUUCUGCACGGGCCAUUGGCAUGGCAGACAUCACUAAAGGUUACCUACAGUGGGUCAAUGACAAAGGAACCGUCCUCCCUAAAGGACCUGUUCUCCUCGCCCCCAGCAGCCUGUUCUCAGCACUACACAGGGAAGUUAUCGAGAAGAAGCCAGAGGUGUUUAAGAUCGCGUGUCUCACUGACAUCAGAGACCUCUUCAACCCACACAGACAGCCCUUCUACGCCGCCUUUGGCAACAGGAGCAAUGAUGUGUACGCAUAUAAGCAGGUUGGAGUGCCUGAGGCUCGUAUCUUCACUGUGAAUCCAAAGGGAGAGCUCAUCCAGGAGAAGACCAAAGCCAACAAGUCCUCGUAUGCUCAUCUGAGUGAAAUGGUGGAGCAUUUCUUCCCUGUGAUCUGUAAAGGCCAGAGGUCAUCCUUCGACUGCCCAGAGUUCAGUCAUUUCUCGUACUGGAGGGAACCUCUGCCCCCACUGGACCUCUCUUGUCUCUCAUAGAAUCUCUCUCUCUCUCUCUCUGUUUUCAUCUCUCUAUCUCCACUGGAACUCUCUUCAUUAAAGUAGGCUCACUCUCUCUGUUUUUAUCUCUUUCCCCACCGGAUUGCUCUUCAUUGAAGUGGAUUCUC